CAGAGUUCCCCACACGAGGGUUUCUUGGGCGAUGGGACGGGAUUGAAAACAAGAAUCAGACUCCGCUUCCGUGGCCAUACCUUUCUCUUCCAAUGUUCCAGCACUCGAUCGCUCCUCUUGUAAAUAAAGAGCUAAUGAAGCCCACUCGCGCGACCGGGCACGAGCCCAUGCCUGAAAAUUUAAAAAAGGUUUUGCUUCCCGAUGCUCCGCGUCGCCCGACCAGACCCUCCCGCAGACGCAAGGAUGUGGUUGCAUCGUGCACCUUCAACAAAAUGCGCGUCAGAGUCCGCAGGAAAUGUUUGGGCUCGAGGGCUUUGUCUUCGGAGUUGUCUCUUGGAACGUGCUCUGUCAGCAACCAAACGGAUAACUUCUUUUUCUUUUGUUACAACGUCAGCCAGUGCGGAAGUAACACAACGAUGAUCAACAAUCGGGUGGUGUACUCAAACACACUGCACUUUACCCCCGAAGCACCCAAAUCACUCAUUCGGACGGCCGUGCCCUUCAGUCUGCCAAUUUUCUGCCACUACAACAGGUUCCACUACUCCUACAAGAUUGGAUACCUGCCAGAGAUCAAGACGCACCAGUUCUUCAAGAGCAUGCAGCCGAGCAGCGACUUCACGCUCAGUGCCUGCAACGCUCGAUGGGAGCGGCUCCCCGCGGCGCGCGGCUACGUCAUCGGCAGCCCCAUGUACUUCGAGGCCCGCUCGCCGCCCGUCUCCAGGGACCAGAGGCUCUUCGUCAGCUUCUGUUACGCCACCCCGUCCCGGGAGCUUGCCGGUGCUCUCCGCUUCGCGGUGAUAGAGAACUCUGGGUGCAUGUCACACAACAACGGCGCCGGCAGCCGGUCCAGGUUCGUCCGUCACAAACGGGACGUCCUGAGGUUCGAGGUAGAAGCCUUCGUCUUCGAGGGAGUGGCGGAUGAGCGUCUCUACAUGCACUGUGAGAUGUUUGUGGCCAACCAUUUUGCGACUGAAAUCGCCAAGUCCUGCACCUACAACUCGACGACAGGCAGGUGGGAGGAGCUAUACGGCGACACCCAGGUGUGCACCUGCUGCAACUCCACCUGCAUCAGCUCUGCGUCAGCGGCUGAACUUCCUGCCACCAAGAAGAUUGUCACCAGCGGCUCCUGGGUGCUGGAACCCGACAGUGGAGCGGUUUUGGGGGAGGCCACUGUGGAGUGGGACAAGCCGCCACGCCCUGAGACCAAGUCCGUGACUGAGGCGCUGGCUAUAGUGACCGAGCCAGAGAUCAGGAGAUGGACUGAGCCAGAGACUACGAUAGAGACUGACCCAGAGAUCAUGAGAUGGACUGAGCCCGAGACUACGAUAGAGACCGACUCAGAGAUCAUGAGAUGGCCUGAGCCAGAGACUACGAUAGAGACCGACUCAGAGAUCAUGAGAUGGCCUGAGCCAGAGACUACGAUAGAGACCGACUCAGAGAUCAUGAGAUGGCCUGAGCCAGAGACUACGAUAGAGACCGACUCGGAGAUCUUAAGAUGGACUGAGCCAGAGACUACGAUGGUGACUGAGCCAGAGAUCAGGAGAUUGACUGAGCCCAAGGCUACGAUGGUGACUGAGACAGAGAUCAGGAGAUUGACUGAGCCCAAGGCUACGAUGGUGACUGAGCCAGAGAUCAGGAGAUGGACUCAGCCCAAGGCUACGAUGGUGACUGAGCCAGUGACUCCCCCAGAGGUUAAGAGGUGGCCUGAUAAGGUGCCCAAGGGGAAGCCGGUGAAAGGGUCCGCUGUCAAGGAAGCAGAGAAGGGAUCCGUGCCUCGCCUGUCAUUCAAGGAAGUCUUCGGGAUCCCCUGACUCUGGUGCCUUCUGUUCCGUGGAUUUUGAUUUGAGCCAAUAAAACUUUAAAAAGGGUCAGUGUCUCAUCUGUCGUUCUCCACGCUCAGCUCAGACUCCGUGUCUGCAUUUCCUCCCCAGUCCUUCUGCCGCGACUCAAGCUUCCAUGUGACUGCUGGUCCAUGUUCCCCCCUCUCAGGUGCACUGCUCUGGAAAGUCUGGAUGUGUUGUUUCUCAGAUUUCUGGAGGUUUGUGGGGAAACGUCAAAAACAAAUAUGUAAAUGCGUUGAAGGUGUUUCUGGGGGUCUGGCCUGGGACA